AGUAAGUCAUCUGUGACAUUUCCUUGCUACUAAAUAUUGCACGGUCAACUGUUAAUGGUAUUAUAACAAAGUGAAAGCAAGAGGGAAUAACAGCAACUCAGCCACUAAGUAGUUGGCCAUGUAAAAUGAAAGAGUGGGAUCAGCGCAUGCUGAAGCACACAGUACGCAGAAGUCACCAACUGUCUGCAGAGUCAAUAGCUAAAGACCUCCAAACUUCAUGUGGCCUUCAGAGAGCUUCAUGGAAUGGGUUUCCAUGGCCAAGCAGCUGCACACAAGCCUUAUACCACCAAGUGCAAUGCAAAACUUUGGAUGCAGUGGUGUAAAGCACGUCGCCACUAGAAUCUA